AUGCCCAAACUCUCCUAUCGAAAAUCUAUAGAAUCGGUGCUCUCAGCUGUCCUGUGGUGAACGAGGCCAUGAGAAAAUCCAGUUGCAGACCAUUGUAACUGAGUUUACUCCUGAAGUAUGCUCCUAAGGGUGUACAAUUUUACAAGAGAACUCUCAAACCACAGCGGUGUGCUCCAUCGUCCAUCCCUUUCGUUACACUGUGAUCGAGAAGAGGACGAACCACGGCUCAACAAUGACCGGCAGCUUGCUGAUACAAUCCCCCCAGAAACACAGAACACCACAGAAGAAGAAGAAGAAGAAGAAGAAGAAGAAGAAGAAGAAGAAGAAGAAGAAGAAGAAGAAGAAGAAGAAGAAGAAGAAGAAGAAGAAGAAGAAGAAGAAGAAGAAGAAGAAGAAGAGCUCAAAGGAGGUGGAGAUGGGGGUGGAGGAGGAGGGAGAGAUUUCAGCAGGGAAGUUUGAAGCCCAGGCUUCUGCCGUCCAUGUAGUCCUUCCAUAUGUCGAUGAUCCCGAAGCCGGUGAUGGAGAUGGAGCUCAACACCAUGACGGUGCUCAGGGUGAAGAUGAUGAGGGAGGCUCGGCCGUACUUCCCGACGGCUCUUUGGAUGAGGAUCACCCCAGCCAUGGAGGUCACGGAGCAGCCGGCGGCCAUGAGCAGCGCCUGGUUUACCUCCUUCAUCCCCAGCAUCAAGUACUGCAUCGAGGACAUUGAUGCCGAGAAGAAGACCAUGAAGCAGCUUGUAGAUGCCGUAAUCUGUCCAUAAACACAGAAGAUUCCGUCAGCACGAUUGCGAAAGAAAAAUAUUAUUAUGUUUUAAACUACAAAAAAUAUCGAUAAGUUGUAGUAGAUUUAUAUGGGAUUGAAAAUUACAGGAAAGUUGGGAGAGAAGAUUGGAGCAGUAUUAAAUCUCUGAACCACGAAUAUGAAUGGUCGAAGGAGUGUUUUAAAUAAUGUGAAUACUUGUAGUUGCCACUAAAAUAAAACAUUUGAAAGAUACGCAUGAAGUCAAGAGAUUUGAGGUUGAAGAUGCUCUAAAGUUUUGUUUAAUAAACUUGCAGUUAGAGACACGCGCUAGAAAUUUAUAAAGCCUUCUCCCUUGAAAUCUAUGAACUCUGAGCUGGAAGGAGGAGGGGUUCACCUGAGGGGAUAUUCCAAUCUGAAGAAGAACGGGAUUCAUCAGGAGUCCACCGCCGAUCCCAAAGAGCCCCCCGAGAACGCCGGCCAGGAGCGCUGCUAUAGGAAAUAUGAUCUUGGGUAGAUCUUCGACCACCGUCUGUGGUACAUCAAAACUCUCGGAGCAUCAACCCAUCAACCCACGAACAUAUUUUUCCAAAAUAAUUCUUCUGGAUGCAAUCUUUUUUUUGAGAAAUUAGAUCACCAUCAAUCCAAAACUCUAUUUUCCCAAAAAUAAUCAUUCUGGGUAAUUAUAAAAAUGAUUAAAUUAUCCUUUUUCCCGAUAAUAUCAUCUGUGUUCAAUCCAUUAAUUCACGGGCCUUUUUCCAAAUUAAUUCAUCCGGGAGACAAUAAAUAUCAAUGAAUUGGACAAAGUAUCAGAGUCUUUCCGAUUCGCAGACCUUGUGAUCGUCUCCCUGACGGCGGCGCCGUCUCUGCUGUCGAUCAUUUGCAUACAUAAUAUAUGUAGUGAAGAGGAGGGCAACUGGGACUUGGGACGAGGUGGUGAGCCAGUACCCGAGUCCACAUCGCUUUAUCUUAAUUAUACCCUGCAGUUAAUUUUUUUUCACAGGGGUAAAAUAGACUACCUGAGAAGAUGCUCAAAUUAAAAUAGAAGCAAAUAAUCUUCAGAGAUAUUUCUACUGAUGGACGGUUCCUGGCAUUCCAGUAGCCAACAGCCGUCCCACUGAUUUCCUACUUAAUCAACGACACGCUGUUUAUAAAUAUAAUGGUCGAUUAUUUAUAUGAAUUAUUAAUAUUUUAUUUUUUAUGGCACUUUUAUCGGGAAUAAUAGAUUAGAACUAUUCCUUGAAGAUCAGAUAGGGGCUCAGUGGAGAUGCCCAGGAAGGAAGAUUCUAUUUGGGCAAGUUCUCCGAGAAGAGGACGGAUGAACUGGCUCGGUGAGACUGGUUAAAGUACGUUCCUGUAGCUGUCUUCUGAUAGUGAGCAAUCUCAACAGUGGGUCCCCAAUCAGAUCAGAUCAGAUGAUCAGAGAAUCAGCCAAAUGGCCGGGGAAAAAACAAAUAGGGUAUUUAAAAAUGUAUUUUUUAGAGGAAUUCUGACGUGUAAAAAGAUGAUCAGCUUGAAGGAAUUAUGCUAGAUUUCGUCCAAUUUUCAGCUCUUUGGAUGCUGAACACCCGAGGGGAUGAAGGAGGGGUCAUGAUUCUCUUCCGAGGAUUGAUGUUUACACCGGUGAAUACGGGUGUGACAACUGUUCCUCAGGGAUGGAAGGAAGCUCUGCCCGAGCGUUAGUCGCGGCGCUAUCAUGGGUCAGUGAGAAAAUAGAACAAGGGGGAUACGUCUCACCUUCCCGUCCUUAUCUCAUGCGGGGGCGAAUCGGGGAAUAGCAGGAGGAGAUGAGGGAUUGAUGAUUACCGUCUUCAGAGGUUUGAUGGCUAGUUUCUCGUGGUUCAGUUAGGAAACAGAUGAUGAAGAAGAAUAAGUCAGAGACCUCACCUUCCCUUCCUUAUCUCCUCUGAGGAAUUGCAGGAGGAAGAAGCAAAGCCAGACCAUCAACAGGAACGCCACCUUCUUCAAGGGGAACCUCCUCGGAGGCCCUCCCUCCUCGGGCAGCAGAGGCUUUUCCAAGUCCUUUCCCCCUUCUUCUACUCCGCCAACCUUCUCCCCUUUCUUCUCCCUCAUCUCCUCCGAUUCCUCCCUCCACCGCCGACCCCCCGCUCUGCAUGUCUUGAAAGUAGAUCCGGCGAGGAUGACGACGAAGAGGAGCGUCACCAGCCACUCGGGGAAGGCGAUGUUACAGAUCACGCCUAAUGUUACCCCCAGCAGCAUGCACGGCUCCGACAGCAGCGCGAUGUCGUAGUCGAUCAGGUGCCCGCCGCCGGCGCCGGUGCUGGCGGAGAAGACGCUGUACAGCACGUUGGAGGCGGCAUUUCCGGCCACCAUGAAGGCAGAGUACUUGGAGGCCCUCUUGAGGUCUAUCCUCGCCACCAGGUUCAGUAUGGGGAGGAACAGCGACCCGCCGCCAACCCCGCCGGCGCUGGACACUCCGGCGGCGACGAAGCACAGCGCUGCCGCCACAGCCAUCCGCGGGCCCCCCUCCCCUUCGGAUUCUCCACCCCGUUGGCUCCUCCUCCUCCAUUGGAGAAGCUUGUCCAAGGAAGAUCGCAGAGAAUAGGAUUUUGAAGUGGGCUCCAUCUCCUCAGCCAUAGCCACGAGGACGGAGCUGACGGUGGCUAUGGAGAUCGAGAGGAGAAGCCACCUGUUGAAGACGAAGCGUCCCGUCAUGCUGGCUCCUUGUCCUUCCCUCCCCCCUCCCUCGCCCUCUCGCUUCUCCUAUUUAAGGUCCAGAAAAAGAAGGACAGUGGCAUAUAUUCAUAUUAUUUGGGGUUUUUAAUGAAUGAAAGUCAUCUUUCACGGGCUUUUGAAAUAAUUUCCCACUCCCAACCACGUAACAACCGUCGGAACCGACAUUUUGGGAAACGACAGUUAUUCUAUUCUAUCCAGCCGUCCCUCUCUCCUCCCCCCCGCGGCUGUGGGGAAUUGGUAAAGAAAUAAAACAAUAAUUAUAUUGGCGGCCGGAAUUUCGAGGGGCUUAUACAUAAAUGCCCCAUCGCCAAUGGCGGCCGGAAUAGGAAGGAGAAGAGGGAGCUGCCCCCCAACUGCUGCCACACUGAUUGGCGGCGCCGCCGGUUUCAUCGGCGGACGGAAGAGAGAGAGAGAGAGAGAGAGAGAGGCUGUCCCGUAGAUGACGAAAACAGACGAGGACGUGGUACGGAACCGUGCUUCUUAAUUCUGGGUCAACCAUAUCAAAGCUCUGACUUACCCGGCCUUGCCAGCUGCGGGCUGAACGGGCCGGACUAUUUUUCACAUGGGCUUUAUUUGAAGCCUAAUUAAUAUAGAAAUAAAUUAAAAGGCUAUUAAUUAAAUUUGGAGUUUUUAAAAAACUUUUUUGAGGAACAAUUGUAAGGAUCAAUUGUUGACGAUAUUAAUAUUGAUCACUGCAAGGAUCAAUUGUUGAGGAUAAUAUUUUAUUAUAUAUUUAAUAAUAAUAAUAAUGAUAAUGAUGAUGAUAAUAAUAAUAAUAAUAAUAAUAAUAAUAAUAAUAAUAAUAAUAAUAAUAAUAAUAAUAAUAAUUUGCUAUCAAAUGAGUUUUAUCUGAGAACCCAAUAAUAGAUUCACAGAGCUAGGUCUCGGGCAUGACGGCAUAUUGUGUUAAUGGGCCGGAGUUCAUGGAUGGGCCAAAUAAUCAUGGGCUUGUGGCCCGAGAUGAGGAGCCCAAACUCACACGCCUUACAACUUCUUGCACAGCAAAGCUGUCGCCCAUUGGCAAAUGACUGGUGUUUCCCAAACCCACACGUGCUCUGCACACAUGGGAAUUUACUCUAGCAAUGAAUCCUUGGCGUACAAACCAUAGGUAAUCAUGAUGGAAAAAUAUUAAUAAUGAUGGAAAAAUAAGUUAAAAAGGGCAGUGUUUAAAUUUUAAGUUUUUUUUAAUUUUCAUCUGGGUAAUUAAUAUUGAUCACUCUCUAGGAUCAAUGGGUGAGGAUAUUAUUUCAUUAUCUAUUUACUAUUACUACCAAUACUAAAAAUAAUCCAUAUGGUAGAAACUUGAUACAUGAACCAUACCAUGGUCAAUCAGAUAUGAGACAAAUCACCAUGUCUUAGAUGUGAUGAACUAUGUACACAUAAUUUUUUGUAUAGAAUAUUCGUCCACUGCCUGAAUUUUUGUUGUAGAGAAGUUGCACCACGUAGAAGACACUGUGUAAACGUCAAAGCUAGUGCCUUUCUUUAUUUUGAAUAAUUUGAGUAAAUGUGUCUUAGGAGAAACCAAUUAAGUAGGCCUGGAUGACCAAUUAGGAUGAUUUAUAUAGCCAACAAGUGUGGCUAUGUUACUUUGAAAAAAACAUGAAAAAUGAUGCCAUGCAUGAAAAAUUAUUUAACAUAAAAAUAAUGUUUGCCCCACGAUUUUCUCAUCAAAUGGUGGGCAGGGAUACUUCACAGAUCAACUGCUACCUAAAGCGGCAAAUACAGAGUAUUGUAGAUUACGAUUGGUUUUUUAUUUUCCAUGUCCACACGUGGGAAGCUCUUUCAGCUAUAAAAGUAAUGGCUGGACUGAAAUCAGGAGAGAAGAAGAAAAAGAAGGCACCAUCUGGACCACUAAAAUCACAUGAAAGAUCUAAGUUGGGCUAUCGGUGACUCACCCACACCAAACCUUGAGAGGGUACGGUCUUCCCUUCAAGCUUGCAAAGAAUAAAGGCAGACAUCAUGGUAAAGCAUAAAGGAGAAACCAUGAUUUGUAGAUACUGGAAUCUUUAUGAAAUAAAUUGUCUUAUGAGGACACAAUCCCUGGAGAAAUGAAUGGCCAGCAGGCUGAGAUGCCACUGAGCAUGAAGAUGAUUGACAGCAUAUUUGACUGCCCUUUUGCAUCACUUUAUGAGCUCAACACACCGAAGCCCAAUAUGGAAACACCUCAACACUUCAUGAACCGAGGAACAGCCCACAAGCCUUUGUCUAACAUUUUGCAGCACACCGCUUGUUUCAGUGAUCCUAUGUUUAUUUGUUCACAUACAUAAUGAGACCAUCUUAAUAGGGGACCUCACAUGAAUGGGGAUUCAUGCUUCAAGAUGUUGUUAGCUUCCAAGUCUCCAUGAGUAAUUUCCAGAUGAGAAUCCAUGUGGAGAUAAAGGAGACCCAAGGGAUUCUUUCUAUGAUCUUUCCAAUUGAAUUCUUUUGAUUUAACCAUAGGAAUAGAAACUUGAAAUAGAUGAUAAAGCCAUACCAAAAACAAAGGAGAAUGUUUUGGAGGAUAAAGGAGCAGUGCUGGAGUCUCAUGAACCCUAAAAAAACGAGAGAUAAUAGCUUCAACAAACUCAAUUAAAUGACAACAAAUAUAUUUAUAUAUACGUCAUAUGAUGAGAGAGAGAGGACAAAGUCAUCAGCAUGGCAUCGACUUUCAACAAUCCUCCUUGAUGCAAACCUCAUGAUUCCAAAUAAUUCAUGAAACUUGAUAAAAUUUGACUAGUUAGAGACCUUUGUAGAUCCAUCCACAACUUGAUCUUUUUCUAAGAAAAACUUUAUCUUGAUUAAAUCUAAAACAACUUGAUCAUGUAUAAAAUAAUGAAAAAUCUCAACAUAUUUAGUUCUGCCAUGAUACAUUAGGUUAUUGAUAUGGUUGACUUAUUGUCAUAAUAUACCUAUGUUGAACUUAGAUUAUGGAAAAUUAAAUUUUUUCAUGAUCCACCUCAUCCAUAUAAGUUUUUGUGUAGUUGAUACUAUAACAACAUAUUCAGUCCAAAUGAUGCUAAUAUUGUGGUUUCUUAUUUUUUUGAACUCCAAGAUGUUGGGUUUUGGCCUACACUAAGAUCAAGAAGAAGGGGGUGGUUGAAUUGAUCACCUUUUUCUCCUUAGAUAAGAGCUUUUAAAAUUUACUUUUUCUAAGGAUAUUGUGUAGUUGGAUUUCUUAAUUCACUCAUAUGCUUGUUGCAUACAUCCAUUCAUAUUGGGUACCUUAUUAUAGUGGUUCAGCUCAUUGCCUUCAUCUAUUUUCCAAGAAUGAACUUGUUAUUCAGUUCCACUAAUUUUAAUUGUUUGACCACAACUAUUGAUUAAUAAGUUCAACUCUCUUAAAUAUUUAUCUAAUUUUUUUUUCUAGAUUUAUGACUCUUGGAAGUCACAUCGCUAUUUGAUUAGUACAACUCCCUAGAAAUUUCACCUAUAAAUUUUCUUCUAGAUUCAUGGUUCUAGGAGGGUGACUAUUGUUUAUGGGCACAACUCCCAUUUAUAACAAAUAAGACUUUAACAUCACAUUUAUUCUAUAACAUAUAAUGAAAUUAUCACUGAUUACCCUAAAUGUCACUAGUUAGGAUGAUAAAAAAUUCAAUUUAAAGGAUUGAUUUUCCAAUAAGAUAUGACUAAAUAGUAUACAAGAAAGUUAAGUCAAUUAACAAGGGAUGGUCUAACCUAGGGUGAUUCUAAUGAUUAGUUAUAUCGGUUGACUUUAAGGAAGAAUUAGGUGAGGAGAUAGGAAGAGAGUUGAUUGAGGCAAACUAAAGAGAGAAAGAAGAAUUUCUCUUGAUGAUCUUCCAAUCACCACAAGAGGGGAAAUAAGAUAGAAAAAAAAUGGCGGCAAAGUGUUAUGGUGGAUUGAAUAUGGAUAAAAUUAAGAUCACUACUCUACUCCUACUCUUUCUUGAUCUCGCCUCUAUCUUCUCUAUCUUAAUCUGUUGCUCAAACUUGAGGAUUCAAGUGAUCCAAAUAUGAUUAGGAGAUAAGAUAAAGACCUAGUAACUACUGUAAAGAUGGCUUAACUUCCUAGAUCAAUUAUGUGUCACUCACAAGAUCAAUAAUAAGAUAAACUAUAUCACUUCUAUUCUAAGUCUAAUAUCUCUUUCUUUGACUUUACUGUGAUUUUGUGCUCAAUGUUGAUGAAUCAAGGGAUCAAACAAGAGUCUAGGGUUCAAUAGAUGAGGGCAAUCCUAUGUAGUCUCCUCUCAAGUGAUGGUGAGCGGGACCCGUCUCCAUCAGCUCAAGAGACACUGGUAGUCCGAGUUCAAAUCGAUCGACACGCGAAGACGAAGGAGCCUGGCUUUCGCUACACGGCCUAG